CAGAUCUCGCGUUUGAUCUCGUUUUAUGUCGUUUUGUUCCAUGACGUUCUGUUCCGUUUCCGGAAGUGUGAACAGCAGACAACCACUGACUGAUGUUUCAUUAGAUGUGAACAUUUAGAGGAACCUGGAGACGGACUGCUUCGAGGAUGCCUACGACCAAAUCCCAGUGGCCUCCAAGAUGGACCUGAGCUCGGCGCUGGAGGAGUGCACCAUGGCCCUCAACCUCCUGCUCAACAACAAGUUCACUGAAGCUCUGGACGUGCUCAAACCCUGGUACAAGGAGAGUGUGUACCACGCCCUGGGCUACAGCAGCAUACUGGUGAUGCAGGCCGGCAUGACCUUCGAUCAGAAGGACAUCCAGGUCGCCAUGGCAACCAUCAAAGAGGCUCUGCACACGUGCCAGAGGUUCAGGAAGAAGAACUCCAUGGUGGGCUCGCUGUCCAGCUUCGUCUCCAAACAGUCGGCCGACAGUCUGAAAACAGAUCAGCUGCACGCCGAGAUUUGUUACGCCGAGUGUCUGCUGCAAAAAGCUGCUCUGACCUUCAUACAGGAUGAGAACAUGAUCAGCUUUAUAAAGGGCGGCAUCAAAGUUCGCACCAGCUACCAGAUCUACAAAGAUUGCCAGCAUCUAUUAAAUCUGGUACAGGGAGUGGACGGGCACAUCCAGGCUCUCCAGCAGUUUGAAGGCGGAGUCAGACUGGGCAUCGGCUCAUUCAACCUGAUGCUGUCGUUACUUCCGGCUAGAAUUCUGCGUCUGUUGGAGUUUAUCGGUUUCUCAGGGAACAGAGAGUUUGGGCUGGCCCAGCUGAGAGAGGGAGCAGCUACUCACAGUCUGAGGUCGAUACUGUGUGUGUUUACACUGCUGCUGUAUCACACCUACGUCUGCCUCAUCCUGGGGACGGGAGAAGGGAACCUAGAGGAAGCGGAGGCUCUCCUGCAACCCUACGUGGACCAAUUCCCCAAGGGUGCUAUUAUACUGUUCUACACGGCGAGGAUCGCGGUGCUGCGCGGACAUUUCGAAAAGGCGCAGCAGAAGUUUGAGGAGUGUAUCGAGUCCCAGCAGCAGUGGCGUCAGAUCCAUCACCUCUGUUACUGGGAGCUGAUGUGGAGCCACACGUUCCAGCAGCAGUGGAGGGAGGCGUACCGGUACGCUGACCUGCUGUCCAGAGAGAGCCGCUGGUCCAGGGCGAUCUAUGUGUAUCAGAAGGCGGCGAUACUCAGUAUGAUGAGUGACGAGGAGGUAAAGAAAACCGGAGAGAACAUUGUGGAGUUAUUCAGGCAGGUGGAGGGUCUGAAGCAGCGGUUGGCGGGUAAGUCGAUUCCCACUGAGAAGUUUGCCAUGAGAAAAGCUCGACGUUACUCAGGAACCAACCCCGUCAAACUGGUCAUUCCUGCACUGGAAAUGAUGUACGUGUGGAACGGCUUCACCAUCGUUGGGAAGCGAGCGGAUGUGACGGAGGCGUUACUGAUCACCAUCGAGAGAGCUGAGGAGCAGCUGAGGAACGAGCCCAACCCCUCUGAGUUCCACCCUGAUGACGAGUGCUUGGUGCAGAUGUUGAAGGGUUUGUGUCUGAAACAUCUGGACCGGUUCCUGCAGGCUGAGCUGUGUUUCUCUCAGGUCAUCGCCAGUGAGAAGAGGAUCCGGUAUGAUCACUAUCUGAUCCCGUACACUCUCUAUGAACUCGGAUUGCUCUAUAAACUACAGGGGGACGUCGCCAAGGCAACACACUACAUCGAGGACGCAAAGAUGAACUAUAAGGAUUAUUCCAUGGAGUCGCGGCUGCACUUUCGGAUCCACGCUGCGCUCAACAGCCUGAAGGGCUCCCCGCUCAACUCACCAUAGCAACACCAGCAUCACCUCCUGACCUCUGACCUCUGACCCGAGCGUUCUGAUCAUCCUGGUACUGUAACUGCAGUGUAGCGGCUAACGCUAACACAGGAAGAACUGAGAGAGCCAUUAAAGUUCACUCAUUCAUUCAUUCAACCAAAGUUCUUUUUUUUCUUACACACACACACACACACACACACACACCACACACUGUACACGCACACACACACACUGUACACGCACACACACACACACACACACUGUACACACACAUACUGUACACGCACACACACUUGAUGAGCAGGUGUGUCUGCAGGAAAAUGAUGUGAAUAAAACUUUAAUUUAGGGGGGGGCAAUGUGUGUGUGGGGGGGUUAGUUGAGGUGUUUAUUCUGAUUUGAUUAUUAUUAGUUCAGGAGUGAAAUAUAAAUAUUUUAUUUUUAUUUAUUUUGAUUGAGGCAGUUAAUCAGAGCUGAACGUUCACACGUCUCUCAUCUCACCAGCAUCAUUAAAGCUGCAGUCUGGAACUUUAGCGUCUCGUAAAUCACAAACACAAACAUCACGGCUGCUGCUCAGGCGCUUAAAUCUCCUCUCAUCCCCAGACUCGGGGGUGCAGCGACCCACCACACGCUGAGAUCUGGAGUUUGAAUCCGGGUGUCCGGCAGACACGAUUGGCUGUGUCAGAGGGCGGGAGGGUUAACCAGGUUCCUAACUGCUGCUGCAUUGGAGCCUUUGCUGGCCAACACGUUACUCUCUGUACGCCAUGCUGCUCUCUGUUAGGAGAAAGGAGUGGUCGAUGAUUUCACGCAUGUCUGUGACCCCACUCGGCCAGUGCAGUGGUGGACCAAGCAGCAGAGGGAAUCAGCAGUGAGCUGGCUGGACCGUGGUCGGGUAGGAGGAGGCGUGUGCUAGCCUGCGGUUCUCCUCAGCAGAGCUGUGAGGAACUAAUAACAGUACUGUAAAUGAAUAAAGUUCCUGGUGCUCCGAGCAAGUGUUUCUACAUUAUUACUGUCAGUAAUGGGGCUUGUCCAGUAUCUUGAGUUUAGCGAUGCUUCUCAGUUUAGAAGUUGUGAAACACACAGCUCUGCAUCUCCACCAGAGGGCUCCACCUUUCCAAAAGUUCCACACUGCAGCUUUAAUUACUCAGUGGACAGAACAGAAGCGAUGAAUGAAUGAAUGAUUAUUCUUAUUAUUAUUCGAUUGUCAUAGAGAUUACGCAAUCAUAGUGCUGCUCCACCCACACUGGAACCUGGAUCCAUUCCCCACUACAAACGAGCCAGCAGAACCAGCUCCACCAGGACCAUCUUUUUCCCCACAUGUGCUCUUGGUUCCAGUAUGGGUGGGAAAAAAGAUUCAAACACAUGCUGGUGGUCCCAAAAUGGGUUGGAAAAAAUGUCAGACUAUGUGCUGUUCCAAUAUGGGUGGGAAAAAAAGAUUCAGUACUUGCUGUUGGUUCCAAUAUGGGUGUAAAGAAAAUAUUCAGAACUCAUGUUUGUUCCAAUAUUGGUGUGAAAAAAAGAUUUGAAUACAUGCUGGAGGUUCCAGUAUAGGUGGGAAAAGAAUUGGUUUUAAUGUAGGUGGAAAAUUCCAUCAUGUGCUGUUGGUUCCAAUAUGGGUGGUAAAAAAAAAGAUUCAGAAUGUGUUCUGUGGAUCAAAUAUGGGUGGGAAAAAUUCAAUAAUGUGCUGUUUGUUCCAGUGUGGGUGGGAAACAAAUAGAUAAUUUGCUGUUUGUUUAAUGUGGGUGUGAUUUUUUUUUUUCACACAUCCUAUGCUGUUGGUUCCAAUAUGGGUAGGAAAGAAAUUCAAUAAUGUGCUGUUUGUUCCAAUGUGGGUGGAAAAAAAAGUAUAGAAUUCAUGUUGGUUCCAAUAUUCUGAUUCUGAAAAUAAUUAACCAUGUGUUGUUCGUUUCAAGGUGGGUGGGAAAAACAAAUUGAAUACAUUCUGUGUUUUCUAAUGUGGGUGGGAAAAAAAGUUGAAACUAAAUCCAGAUUUUCUCGAUUUACUGCUGACACCAAAAUUUUUGUGCCUUUUGUACGUUUUUGUCUUUAAUUAAACGAUUUUAAACAUUUUGUGCUUCUCUGUUUGACUGUACUUUAUGUGGCCAAAAGUAUGUGGACGCCUCUUUAUAAACCUGCUGAACCUUCAUUCCAAACUCACCAACGUUACUCCAGCUCCUCACUGUUGCUUGAACAGCCGCCACUUUUCUGUUAAAUCUGUCCACUUCUGUCUCACGUCUGUGGGAACUUGUGCCCGUUCAGUCUGGAGCUUUUGAGCGAGGCGGACCGACACGCAGCUGAUGUUCUAAUUCAUUCCAGAAGUGCUCGGUAGGGGUUUAGGUCGGGACUCUGUGCAGGUCACUGGAGUCCCUGCAAACCAAGUUGGUCCAACCGAGGCGUAUCUUUAUGAACAAGGACCUUCCCUAAAGUGUUGCCACACAGAUGGAAGCAUGUAAUGAUCUAACUGAUUAAUCAGAUUUUAUAUAAUUGAUUGUAUACAUGGUGGCUCGGCAAUGCAUUCUCACAGCACAAAGGUUGUGGGUUCGAUUCCCAAGCUGGGCGAUCAGGGUCCUUAUUGUGUUGAUUUUGCAUGUUCUCCCUGCGUCUGUGUGGGUUUCCUCCAGACACUCCGGUUUCCUCCUACAGUCAAAAUACAUGCAAAAACAUGCCUAACUGUGUGUGUGUGUGUUUCCUUUAGCGUUUCGCCCAGUGAAUCAGACCCACCGCGACCCAGACCAGGAUAAAGUGGUGCUAAAUCAGACACUGAAUGAUGAAUGAUAAUUAUAUACAGAAUUGACUGAAGCACAUUUAGUUGUUUAUUAGAGGCGUGUCCACAUACUUUUGGCCGUAUCGUGUGUUUUUCAUUCUGUCAUGUAUCUGUCGGGUCGUCGGUGUAACGAUAAAUCGUUCUGUCACGAUACGAGCAAUACAUCACCAUGUGUUACUGAACUAUCAGGAUCAGAAAUUAUAAUAAUAAUAAUAAAGGAGCUGAAGCAAUAAGAAGCCUCCAGCAGUGAGAGUGAUGCAUCAUGGGUGAGAGUGAUGCAUCAUGGGUGCAGAUCUUUCACUGAUGUUGUGUACUGACUGACUCUCUAUGCAGUGAGAAUCUCACACACUCAUUAAUAAAGACGUUUUCUUCAUCUCUCA